AUGAGUAAUUAUCAAAAAUAUCCGGUACAUGAGUCUAAAGAAAUCACUAACUUCUUACAAUUUCCAAGUCCAGAAUUCAUUGCGUACAAUUUACAUACAAUUGAUGAUUUGGAAUGUCUGAUCGCCGUGAAUAAACGAGAUGAUUCUUCAGCUGAAAUUUUAAUUCAUUUGGAUGCUUCUAACGAAAUCAAAAGAGUGAGAGCUCGCUAUUUCCUGGGGAUGUUCAAUGAGACAGACAAAGAACUUAUAAGCUGGGAAGAAGAAAAAGAAGCUGAUAUUGAUGGAUUUCUAUGCGUUAAGCCGUGGACGGUGCCUCAACCCAAUAAGCCAUUUACUUUCAAAUUUGGUUUACAUGUCAGUGCGAUUAUGGGAAUGGACAAAGUUUGGAAGUUCAAUUUCUAUGAUCCACUGUUCAAUGCUGCAAAUGAUUCCAAAAUGACAGUUUUCAUUGAAAGAAACAAUCCAAACGUCCGCUUCUAUACUCAUAAGGAGUUGAUGAUCUUUCAUUGGAGUGAACUAUCCCCAAUGCAACGAAAAGAAAUUGAUGGUCAAUGUAUAAUUCCACCUUGGAUAUCUAUGAAUAUGCUUGAGAAAUGUCUACAGAUUGCGCACGGAGUUCAAGUCCAUUGUUCACUUAGUGAUCUUUACAAAAUCUCUCUAAUCGCCAAGGGGUUAGUAUUGAAAAAUGUGAUCGACUACUGUGAGCGUCGAUAUAUUGAACAUUUGAAUCAAGUGGAAAUAACAGAAAUAUGGUUCCAUUCAACGUUCAUGGGGGAUUGCCGACAUUUACUGAAUAUCCACGUCGUCUCAUCAGUUCUCGAUUUGUCUUCCAUCAGAAGCGUCCGUUCAAUUGCCCGCCAUCAGAAGUCAUCACUGAAGUCACGAGUCGAUAAGGUCACUGCUCAAAACUACCACCAAUCGUCGUCUCUUUCUGGAAUUUAUUGGUUAAAUACACUUGAUUGGAAACAAUGGAGUUUUAUGAUGAUUGGUUUCGAUUGGUUCCAGUAUGAAAGAAUAAAUAAAAAGUCCAUAUAUCAACCGAUUUAUGGAAAUAAAUAUGUUACAAAUGGUUUUGAGAGAAGGAAUCAAAAAAAAAUGGCACCAUUUAGUCUAAAUGACUUUUGGGAAACAACAGUCGAACAGGAAAAGUGGAAUGGAAGAUGGGAAACAUUCAGAAAUCAUUACAAAGACAAUCUCGGGAAGCAGGUGGAGAGCCUGAACUUUAUUCCUAUCAAGUACCGAGCUCUGAUCAUCUACGUCACAUCCUUGAGAGUGUCAGAUGAGUUCAAGAUGAAGUUGGCUUCGGAAUACUGUCAGUGCAAAUUUGAUGAGCAUGGAAGAAUUGUGGCUAUUAGGUCAGAUGAUGUUGUUGGAACUGGCAAGCACCGAAAGUUGCGUUCAAAAGACGAACCAAAAUGUGAAAAGAAAGAAGAAGAGGAAGAUUCGGAGGAACAAGUCAAGACGAUCGGAGACUUGUACGAUAAGAUGAAGAAUCUUCUCGAUUCAUAUUUCAAGCAUAACAAAUUGCUUAUGUAUUGUAUUUUGGAUUAA